CUGCGGUCUCAGGCUCUUCUAUCGGGCCACUUUUGCAAAGGCUCACUAUAUUCAAGCCCUCUUCAGCGCACAUCAAUCUCAGGGGCAAAACUUCUGCUUCAUCGCAAAACCAGCACGGUGUCAAGGAGCUCUAUGCUGUCUUCACAGCAUACGGGUCUCUCUGGUCGCACUUACACCAUUGACCAGGUUUUACAGGAGGAACCUUCUCCCCUGCGUCAAGUCUAUCGUGCCUCGGCGAACGGCCAAAGCUUCAUAUUAAAGUACAUACACCCCAUCAACUUUGAAGACCUCCAAGAAGUGAAUAAUCGCCUACGUGGCAAUGCAAACCACGUCCGCCUUUCUGUGGACACUAUUCCUCACAAGUCGAUGUUUGUUUUCGAACAUUUCACCGACCAUCUCUCGACCCUUGCCCAGAAGGACUUGCCCCUUGCGGUAACCAAGAGAAUCCUCAAGAAGGCGCUUACUGGGCUUGCUGAGCUCCAUGCUCGGGAUAUCGUUCACACCGAUAUUAAAGCCGACAACAUUUUGGUUAACUGGCAGACCUGCAACUAUGAGAUUACUGUUGACCAAGUACAGCUCGGAGAUCUAGAAGACGCAGCUCACAUCCCCCCAGGGUGCGACAUGGUCGGGAAACAGGCCGGCAACUGGAUGUGGAGGAGCCCCGAAGCCCACGCACGAGGGCCUGUCAACAAACCAUCCGAUAUUUUCUCAUUUGCUCUUGUUUGCAUCUGCGCCGUCGACAAGCGCAUCCUUUUCGCAGUCCGAGAAGACGAGCUGGAGGAGAGUGUCGAUCCCCUCGCCGUCGUCAUCGAGCGCCAGAUGUCAUACUUUGCAGAUGAAGAUGACCUCAAUGGGCUCUUGAAGCAUCUUGGUGAUAAUCCGUGGGUCCGCGUGUUUGAAGUGACUCGGGACGGAUUCAACCAGGAGAAUCCCCGGGAACCGUUCGCGUUCUGGAAUGGUGUUGAUGAUGAUUUUAAAGACCUUGUAUGUGCCAUGACACGUUUUGAGCCGGGGAAACGGAUUACGGCGCGUCAGGCGUUGGAACAUAAGUGGUUUGAGGGCGUUUGAUGGGGAGCGGUCAAGGGUUUACUUGCUUCAAUAAGACAUUUCCAUACGUGCUGAGGAGGAUUUACAAAU